AUGGACGCUGAAGUCACAAUCUUUGAUAAAAUCGUUUAAGGUUAAAUAAUAGCAAACAUCAUUUAUGAGGAUAAUCUAUGCCUUGCUUUUCAUGAUGUUAUCCCUUAGUCUCCUGUGCAUAUUCUCUUAAUUCCAAAAUAGAGAAAUGGUUUGACUUAAUUAUCUAAGGCUCAAGAACAUAAUAAAGAAGUCUUAGGCCAUUUAUUAUUCACGGUGUCUAAAAUAGUAGAAUUAGUGAAUGAAUUUAAUAGAGGAUUCAGAGUUGUCAUUAACGAUGGUGAGAAUGGAGGUCAAGGUGUAUGGCAUCUUCAUCUACACAUUAUUGGAGGAGAAUAAUUAACCUGGCCUCCAGGAUCAAUUGGAAGCUCGAAAAAGUGA